CCCAAACCAUAAACGUUGUUUUUUGGUUGACAGCACCAUGGACAUGGGCGAUGCUGAAUCGAAGAAGCCAAUUUGUGCAGAAGAAGAAGAUCCAUGGAAUCGGGAGUUGCCACAGAAAUACUUGGCCAAUGAGAAUCUGUGGAAUGACGAUGAUUUUAUCCCCCAAAGCCUCUUCAAAGGAGCACCGUGAUUUGUUUCGCAAAAUUUUUGGUUUCGACAUUGACUUCUAUCCUGGUGAUGCUAAGGCAGCUAUAUAUAUAACAUAUCUGGAUUUUGAGAAGGAAACUGACUUGCUGAUGGAACUGGCUAAUCAUGCUAUUCAAGAUUACAACAAUAAGGAAACCAGUGUUUACAAGUACAGUGUUUCGUAUGUUGAAACAGUGAGCUUUAUUUUGCCGAAUGUCGUGAAUUUUUCAUGACUGUUAAAGUUAAGAAUCUAACUCUGCGUACACCGAUUGAAACUUUUCAAAUCCAUGCAUAUAAAGGCCCACACCGGGAAAACGUUGUCCGUCUUUGCAGAAAAAAGAUGCUGAGAUGAUGAGUUGGUUUAUCUGCUAAGCUGAAUUGGAGGAAGCAAAGCAUCAGAGGAGGCUAGGAAAGAGAGUUGGAACUAUAAUUUUCUAAAUCUUAGACCAAAGCGGUUAUUAGUAGUAGAAGUAUCUGAUAAAUUUUAGUUGCCUAAAUUCUGUAGUAGAGUAUUUUACGUAUACUGUUCUUGUUUUUUAUGAAAUGCUUUAUCAUUCACUGAUCUUUGUCGACAUGGAUGAAGAAAUCAUCUAAUGGAGCUAUAUUAAUGGGAUUGUUC